AUGUCGACCCAGUCAUCCUCUCUCGCGGCAUUAUUGUGCCGUUUCAUUCUAGACGAAACCCGUGCACUCCAGUCCACCUUCCCGGAACCACAACGUCGAGCACUCAGUCAACCAAACGAAAGGCUUAUCACCAAAGCCUUACCUGAGCCGCAACCCAUCGCCGCCAUGCUUUCCAGUCUGGGGGUCAAGCCAAGAGAUGCUGCCCAUAUAUCAUCUCUUUUCAUGCGAGACGCGAUGGCUCUCAAGUCACACAACGAAGCGAUACUCGCUCGAACUAUCGCAGAGGCGUGCGCAAGAUGGCCGGAAGACAGUUGUAUCUUCGUGGACGAAUUUUUCGGGGCUCAUGCUGCACACUUUCAGCGUAUUACCUCUGCUUGGGUUGUCCGCAUCGUCUCCGCUAGCGGUCUACGAAGCAGAACGCCUCAACCUUGUCUACUAAAGAGCCUGGGGCCCGCCGGUGAUCCUGCUGUGCAAGACGUCCUGCCCGAACCGCUUACCGAAGGACGCUCACAAGAUGACCUUCUGUCGGACCUGCUUGUGCCUGUGCCCACUGAGGACUCGGUCGUGGAGUUAUUGGAGGGCAUGUCGCUUGGUCUACCUGAAUCUGUAGUCGGCCCGCUGCCAACGCCUGCCACUGCAGUACGAUACGCACACGCUAGCGCCAUGGGAGCUGCCUCGACGAGCGUGACACUAGCCGCCCUGCGCGUAAUUCCAAACUCCUCUUCGGAGGGAGAUGCCUUCGCCAGAUACACAGGCAGUGCGCCAGCGACCUUGAUCCCUCAGCCUCGAAGGCGCAAGGUGGCUCCCCUUCCCAGACGUAUGGCGAAUACAAGCCCCUUGCCAGCCCCGCCUAUCCUUCCUUCUGCACCCAGGCAUACGGCAUUGACUUCGACGCAAUCCGAAACUGCUUCGACUACCGUGAACGGCAUUAACGCUUCUACCGUCCUACCAAUCCGCCGUCGCAAGAUCGCUCCCCUACCUAUUCGUGUCAUUGCAUCGCAAGACAUAUCUCUCACGCCGUCGCACAUGCCGCGAAGCUCACCAUCGUCUACCACGCCUACCUUUACCUCAAGACGCUCAGUGUCUCGGACACCGUCACUCACAUCGAUCUCGUCGGAUGACGACUCAUCCUUGACCUCUGGUCCGACAACCCCCACCUCGUCGAUCGUUGAAUUACCCAAGCUCACUUCACCUCCUGCGGAGGAUACACACUCAUGCGAGCUGGGAAAUCUUCCACUUGCGAUGCUUAGGAACGCAGGGGACCUUACAUCGCAGGAAAAUUUGAUUUCACUAACGCAUCCCACGCGGUCGGUGGUGGAGGCCCGUGUAACAACGCCUGGGACGUUUGUACAGCCGUACGGUGCUGGACUGACGCAGACCAGUCCGAAACUCUCCACUUCACGCCAGGAGAACUCGACGAAGAGGCGGGUAACUGGCUUGUCCAGAUCAAGGGGUUCGCAAAUUCCUUUGAAAUCUACGCCCAAAAUAUUCGGGUUUGCUACUCCCAGCCCGCCCUCGGCCGCUCCAGAAUCGGCUUUCGGCACAUUCAACAUCCGCACGCCGCCGGCUGGCACAUCGUUCCACUCGCCGUUCACGAAGUAA